UUGGUUUUAACGUGGCAUUAGCGAGCUAACGUAACAAUGACAUCGCCUACAGGUGUGAUCGGGGACUUCGAUUGGAGAAGUUGUUUCUGCCUGUCUUCAUACUGUACUACCAAUUACAAAUUGGAUGAGCGUUCACGUGCAUUUUCCCCAUCGAAUGUACACGUUUUUUUCCCCGUCAUAUUUACAAGUUCCCGACAUGACAUGAUAUGAACGCGACAUUAGUAUCGGCGAAUCACAGUGUGUGUUGCUCGAUGGUCGCCAUCGAAGUGGAUGCACCCGAUUUACACCCGGGCCAUUCUGGAACCAUCCACGGGGCGAGCGGAGUUCUCAUUCGUCCAGUGACAUUGAACUGAAAGUUCCGGUCUAGCCUACUGACAAACUAAAUCAAAUGCAACCUAUAUGUGCGAAUACGUUUUUUUAUUUUUUAUUAGCCAACCGAAUGAAUUGAUCUUCAGAAGCAAGUGUAACAGUGAGUACGUUUUACUUUACUCAAACUCUUGUCAACAUGUCCAAGUUUUGAAAUUGACCGUGCCCAGUGUAAGAGAGCGUCCCCCACCCCUAACAGCCACAUGUGUAUCAUCUUCUUCAAGUUCGACCCUCGGCCUGCAUCCAAAAAUGCCUACAGGCUAAUUUUGGCUGCAAACAGAGAUGAGUUCUACAACAGGCCAUCCAAAGCUGCAGACUUUUGGGCGAGCAACAGCGAAAUCCUCAGUGGGCUGGACCUGGAGGAGGGGAAGGAAGGAGGGUCAUGGCUGGGGAUCAACAAGAGGGGCAAGCUGGCCGCACUGACCAAUUACCUGGAGGGAAGGCCCAAUCCAGACGCACAAGGAAGAGGGUUCCUGGUGUCCAAUUUCCUGACCGAUCAGAGCCAGGACAGCUACUCCUACCUGAAGAGGGUGUCAUCUGAGGGACAUCUCUACAAUGGCUUCAACCUCCUCACCGCUGAGUUCAAGGCCAAAGAAGACACUGUGUGUUACUAUGGAAACAGGGGCAGCGCCGAACCCAUCCGUCUAAAUCCAGCAGGAAUCUAUGGUUUGAGUAACUCCCUGUUGGAGACCCCAUGGAGGAAGCUGCAGCAUGGGAAGAGACUGUUUACCAGCGUAGUGAACCAGACACUGCCUUGUGACAGCCUGGUCCAUGAUCUGCUCAACGUCCUCAACAACGAGGAGCUGAACACCCCUGACCCGGCCCAGGAGAGCCAGGGUGAAGGGUACAGCAGCCACAUGCUCCGGUCCCUGUCCUCUGUGUGUGUUCGCUCCCCGCAUUACGGCACAAGGACCAAUACCAUUAUCCUAAUAGACGCAUCAGGGAACGUGACCUUCACAGAGCGCACCAUGCUCAACUGUGACGUCAGCCAAUGGAGCACAAGCUCUUUCCAGUUCAAAAUCCAGAACUGAAGACAGCUAAAUGGGGCUAUAUGGGAAUCACACUCUGUGCCUUUCUGCAUCCAACCGCCUCCCUAUCCCUCCUUCUUCCACAGCAAGCUCUGGCUUCACAAUAGUGAAAUGAACAUGAAGAUUGAUUUGCCAUUUUAAAAUGGUGGAGGUGGGAGAGAGUCAAAUGAUUGCACUUUUUUUUCUGAUAAUUUGUUGCACUUUUCAUGCAAUUUUCUUUGGGAAAUACGUUUUAGCUUGACUUAGACAUAGGACAGUGUGAAUUAAUCAAAUCCUACAUAAUGGGUGCUAUUCUUAUUUUGUUAAUUGGAUUAAAAUAUUAUUUUGAGGUGUGUGCUUAAGUGUAUUGCCAAAGAACAAAUGUAAUUUAAUAAGCAAAGUAAAUUAUUUACAUUUAACAUUGCAUCUAUUUUCUCAACACUGGCUUUGUGGCUCAGUCUGCCUUCAACUAGCCAAGUUUGUUUGUAUCUUCAGUUGAAGUGUAAAAUGCUAACACUCUUAGAAGCAGCAGCAGCCAUCAAUAUCCUUCUAAAAUUCUGUAAUAAGAAUGACCGGUUUGGUUUCCUAAACUCAAGUCGGGCGUUUAACUUUCCUGUGACAGAAAUAUAAAGGCAUAUUGUAACAGCCUGCCUUGUAGAAUAAUAGUUAUAAUUGCCACAGAUUUUGACUUUGCGACCGAGGUUUGCUUGUUAAGUAAAACACAGGAAAGCACUUCAAAUGUUUUUCUAAGUGGUAAACAAAGUGUUUUUCUUUGUUUUCCUGCCUUGUUCCACAUACUGCAUAGGAGAGACAUUUCACAGCAAGGAAAACAAACUAAAAUGAUUAUUUUUGUCACUCACAUCUGCAGUGUUCGGUCUCUGUUUCUUACCUACUUAUUCACAUUUGUGAGUGACUGUUACAAAUUGUGUUGAUGAUGUACCGCCAAUGAGGAUCCUUCAAUGGUUUUAUGUUACUGACCUCCGGUAUCCAUAGAAGUACAGAAACCUGUUUACCACAUCACUGGUGUCUUGAUAUAAAUUGUGAAUAUAGUACUUUUUAAUCUGUAUUUAUAUAACCAUUUUCUGUGUUUGCAGAACACGGGAGAUGUUAUAGAACUCCAGCAAAAAAGUCUAGCUGCAUGUUGCUUAUGAGUGCAUUUCACACAACUUUUGGAUUAUAAUUGGAUUUUAAGGCUUUUAUGAAUGUUCUGCGUAAUAUAAUGUUGGUGUCAUCAUCGCAAACCAACUGGAUUAUACUUCAACCAGUAAAAUGGCUCUUAGGCUGUAGGAAAAAGCUAGCCAAUGUCAAUGAGCGUUAGCAUUCUAGCUAACAAUUGCUGCAUCCAAAAUAGUUAUUUUGCAAAGAUCACAACCAAAUAUAAUUUUAGCGAUUGUUAAAGCAAGAAUCAAAGCAUCAUUGUAAGCGUAUGAGAACCCCAAAAGUUAUUUUGUUUACAAGUAAUAAAACGGUAAAUCUAGGCUAUGUUGAAUUGGCGCAGAUGGCUUUCUUACUGCCGCCAAGAGUAGCGCGCAUCUAUGCGUUACGUCAGAGUGUCGUAUACUGGAAAAGGGUCUACUGCAAAUGUAAUGUAUUCUUACAAGAAUAGACCUGAUCAGGCAAUUUUAUUAGACAAUCGCAAGUUUAUUAACGCAAUGUCGUGUAUGGUUUGUCGCUGAAUAAAACUGUGGCCAUUGCAA